AAACUCAUCAUCCAUAAAUAUUCAAAAAACAGAACAAAACCUCUCUAGUCUCUGCCAUCCUUCUCCUCCUCCUCCCAAAAUGGCCUAUAGUUACCGUUUUGCCAUUCUUUUCGUCCUCCUCUCCGCCACCGUAAGCCUCUCCACCGCCGCGUUGGUCGAGCAGAAGCCUCGCCGCGGUGGCAUUCCAUUGAAAGGAAGCGUCACUCUCAAUCUCGUUUGGUACGGGAAAUUCACACCAACCCAACGGUCGGUCAUCGUCGACUUCAUCCGCUCUAUCGGUUCCCCCGCCGUCGCAAAAGGUCCCUCCGUCGCGUCGUGGUGGAAGACGACUGAGAAGUACAAACAAGGCGUCUCGAAUUUAGUCGUCGGUAAACAGCUCCUCCUCGAGAACUACCCUAUCGGAAAAUCUCUGAAGAGCCCUUACCUCCGUGCUCUGUCAAGCAAACUUAACGUUGGUGGUGCUCGUUCGAUAACCGUCGUCUUAACGGCGAAAGACGUCGCCGUUGAAGGGUUCUGUAUGAAUCGAUGCGGGACUCACGGGUCAAGGGCCAGUGGAGCUUACGUGUGGGUCGGGAACUCUGAAACGCAGUGUCCUGGUUACUGCGCGUGGCCGUUUCAUCAGCCUAUCUACGGACCUCAGUCACCGCCGCUAGUCGCGCCUAACGGUGACGUCGGAGUCGACGGGAUGAUCAUUAACCUCGCGACUCUUCUUGUUAACACCGUGACAAACCCGUCUCAAGAAGCUGUCGCGGCUUGUACCGGUGUAUUCGGUUCGGGUGCUUACCCGGGUUACGCGGGUCGGGUUCUCGUAGACAAGACGAGUGGAGCGAGUUACAACGCUUUGGGUCUCGCCGGUAGGAAAUAUCUUUUGCCGGCGAUGUGGGACCCUCAGACUUCGACGUGUAAGACUUUGGUUUGAAUAUCAGAUGGUCUUGAAUGCGGCACAUGGCAAGGGAUCAAUGGUGAUGGCGAGUUUAAAAGCUUGUUGUACUCAAAACAAAAGUUGUAGAUAUCUAUCGGUUUGGUUCGGAGGAGUUUGGGGAAAGUGAUGUAUGUUGCUUUGUCGUUUUGUUGUGCCCUGUACUGUACUAUAAAUUCGAUCUUUGAAGUAUGUGAAGAUUAGAUUCAUAUAAUCUAAUUUUAAUUCGGAUAAUAAAAAUCGAUUUGUAGUUUCCCCUAAAAAGAAAUUUAACCUUA